CAGUUUCGUGUCAGCUGGUCUUUGCGACUCGUAGCUACGUCAACUCAAGACAAUAACUUAAGUUGGGACUUUAAUGACCCAUGAUGAGCUUUAAGAUGAGCGAACCGAGGGCCUCGACUCCAUGGCACGAAGUUGGUAAAGUUUAACAGUCGGCGUGUUUUCCAGAGAGACUCAUGAAAGGGAGAGUUUUAUUGUUCUAGCUCGCUGGCUAACUUUAGCCAUUUGUCUGGUUACCGACAUGGCUGUGAGAGAGGCGUCCCUGCGGCAGAAAUACCGUUGCCCUCCCGCGAGUGUAAAGCAGGAGCAGGAUGACGACUCGGACACAGAGGAGACUCAUCUGGGGCUAAGGAAGGCAGAGGGACUGGAGUCUCAGAUCAUCCACAGCGGGCACUUCAUGGUCUCCUCGCCCCACACCGAGCACCCGCCGAAGAAAGGCUACGACUUCGACACUGUCAACAAACAAACGUGUCAGACCUAUCAUUUUGGAAAGGAGAGCAUGUCGCAGUUCUCUAUAGAUGCCUCACUGACGAAGCUCUUUGAAUGCAUGACUCUGGCGUAUAGUGGUAAGUUGGUGUCUCCAAAGUGGAAGAACUUCAGAGGGCUAAAACUGCUUUGGAGAGACAAGAUUCGCCUCAACAACGCCAUAUGGAGAGCCUGGUAUAUGCAAUAUGUGGAGAAAAGACAGAAUCCUGUUUGUCACUUUGCGACACCCCUUGAUGGAACUCUCGACCUGGACGUUCAUCGUCCUGAGGGCAUUGCUGCAGAGGGGAAAUGCUGGAAAAGAAGGAUUGAAAUUGUCAUAAGAGAGUACCACAAGUGGAGGACAUAUUUUAAGAAAAGGCUACAGAAGCACAAGGAUGACGACCUCUCAAGCUUACUAAAGGGGCCAGAGGAGCAGUUAUCACUGUUUGGGGAAGUCUCUCCAGACAUGCUCCGUGUCUCCUUUUAUCAGGAUGAAGAGGCCACUGCACGCCGUGUUACUCGUAGGAAUAAUGAAGCGCCUGCCCCCAUGGAGAUGGAUCCCCUUUUUGACAUGGACGUUUUGAUGUCUGAGUUUUCAGACACAUUGUUCUCUACACUGGCCUCACACCAGCCCAUACCUUUUCCUAAUCCAAGGGAGAUUGCUCAUGCAGGGAAUGCAGACAUGAUCCAACCAGGACUCAUCCCUUUACAGCCCAACUUAGACUUUAUGGACUCGUUUGAUCCACUGCAAGACUUAUUUCACAGCCUCCGUCAGCCUGCCUUCCCCUCUGUUUCCCCCACUGCACCAUCUGUCACCCCUCUACCCGGCAGCAGCUCUCAGUCACAGGCCCACUUAAUGUCCUCCAUGCAGCUGACAACCAGUCCUAUCUAUGAUCCUCUGGAACAGUGCCUUCCAAGUCAGGACAUGGUCUCAGCAACACCCAUGGCUACCUCACCCUUGAACAACACCUCAGUUCUGGAUGAGACUGUAGCACCAUCUGUGAUUACACACACAGCCUCCUCUACUGUUACGCCCAGCGACUCAGCCACUACCUUCAGCCACAGUUCAGAGUAUAGCACCAUAUCUGCACAAACACCAGCUCUCCAAUCCCAUCUCCAGCCAAUUGCUCCGCUGGCUGCCACUCCUGUACAACAUCCUCAGGCUUUUGCUCUGCCUCGACCUUUACAGCCAUCCAGUGCCAACAAAAAUCGGCCCAUACCAAGGAUUGCACCUGCUAACACACUCCCCUCUUCUCAGAUCAUCCUAACAGGUCCUUUCCCUGGUCAUGCCAAUGCUGUGAUUGUUACACCCACCCCCCUGCAAGCAGAUUUGGUCCCUAACACAGGUGUGGUCAUCGCUUCCUCUCCUCUUGGAGCGACCUCUAGUUUUCAAGUCGUGCCUCAGAAGUCUCCCCAGACGAUUGUUCCUAAAGAAAAGUCAUAUUCUUCUAGCCGCAAAAAUCAGAAGGGUUCCUGUAGUGUUGUUCCCAAUCAGCCACAAUCUGGACAAGGAUCACCCUGUGGGUUAGAUCAGGUUCCUAGCCCGCAGUCAUUACCUAGCCCGCAGUCAUUAAUCAGCAGCAGCAGCAGUCCAGUUUUGGUGAAGAAUGAGCAACCUCAGAUCCGGAGAACAACACACAUAUCUGCUGAGCAAAAGAGGCGAUCAAACAUAAAUAUUGGCUUUAAGACUCUCUGCAACCUGGUUCCCACUCUAAAGUCCCAGUCAAAUAUCAGUAAUGCAGUGACGCUGCAGAAGACAGUGGAGCACAUUGUAAAACUGCAGCAGGAGAGGCAGCAAAUGCAGGAAGAGGUCAAGAGACUACGAGAGGAGAUAGAGGAGCUCAACACGUCCAUUAGCUUGUGUCAGGAACAGCUGCCUGCGACGGGCGUACCUAUGAGACGACAUCGGCUCGACCACAUGCAAGAGAAGUUUAAUGAAUAUGUAAAGAACCGCACUCUUCAGAACUGGAAGUUCUGGAUUUUCAGCAUCAUUAUCAAGCCUCUCUUUGAUUCGUUCAACGGGAUGGUGUCAACUACAAGCAGAGGAGAUCUUUGUCAGACCACACUGCAAUGGCUUGAUCGUCACUGCUCCCUUCCAGCACUCAGACCCAUGGUUCUGAGUACUCUUCGCCAGUUGUGCACUACCACAUCUAUUCUCAGCGAUCCAUCCGUGCUCCCUGAAGAAGCCAUCCAGGCCGUCACACAAACAAAUCUUUAGAUUCUUUCUGGAAGUGUGAGGGUGACCCAAAAGCCACCUGAACCUUUUUUUUAAGCAUCAGCCAUAACCUAACAUAUCCCUAGUCUGCCUUGUACCCUUUCAGCAAGGUCACAGAGUCUUCCACAAAUUCCUAAAAACCAUACAUAGUUUGUCUUUUGGGAAUGAUGCACACGGGGCACCAAACAAUUGUGCAAAAAGGAUUUUUUUCAUAUUUAAAUAGAAGCUACUAUGACUACCUUUAAUGUUUAGCUGAUAAUCUUGUUUAUGUCUCGAACAACAACUUGUGUUUAAAUUUCAAUUACAUUGUAAACUGCAAGAUUGUGUUUCAGAAAGGGAAAAAUUCAAUGUUAAGUGUAUGUUCUCUCAUAAAAUAUAUUGAUAUAAUUUUUUUCCCCUUUUUCACAGGAAUAUUAGAUUUUUUUUGUUGUUUUUUUUUUAUCUAGCUAGAAGUAUAGUUUAUAGGUUUAAACAGGUUUAAGUAUAGGUUUAAACACCUCCCAGAGAGGAGAUUGAAAAGUACUAAAAUUGAAUACUCAUGGGUUGGGCUUUGCCCAGUUAAUACCAGUAGAAUCCUGUUGUGUUCCUCAUCCCACGUUGUCUCAGGUGAAUGUUAUUUUGUCAGUUAAUAGCAGUUGUUUCCUCGUGGUUUUCCGUCCCUGCUCAUAAUUUGCUCCCUCUCCCAUUUCUACUGAGCUUUACCUGCAAACACAAGAAUGCCACAAUAUUACUUACAGCCCUCAUAGGGGCCAUAACUGAAAUAGCGGUACAGAUUAUCCAUACACUACUAUAUACUCCCCAUCUACAGUAUUACAGGAUCUUCAAUGUGCGGUAGGGGUCACUGAUCACUCAGGGCUACGCUAAUGAUUUUCUAAUCAUCUAUGAACAAGUUAAGCCAGGAUCCUUCUCAGCAGGAGCACAUGCUGUCUGUAAGGGUACAGGUUUCACUUACCAAUGUUUCUCUCCUUCUCGUGGGUACACUAUUUAACAGCAAACAUAAACAAUGCAUCACGCAAAUCGCAAAGAAACACAACCAAAAGCCAUAUUGAAGAAUAUUUUCAGUGUAUUGUCUCUUGUGUUACUGGCAUAAUGUUUGAUGGAGUGCUCUGAUCUGUGGACUGCGUGAAUGCAGCUGGCGUGUAAGCCUAGAGGUCAAAGUGUCCUUACUUGUGAUCUUUGCCGGCUUGAUUGUCUUUUUAUCUUAUUUUGUGGUUCAGCACUCCUCAGUGCUUUUUUUUCUUUCUUUUUUUUUUUUGUGCAGAACAACUGAGUUUACGAUAGCACACGGCAUCAUGUUUAAUAGAUGAAUGCACAGCUUUUUGUUUGCAGGUUUUUUUUAAAAAAUUUAUGUAUUGCAAGUGUCUUUUAAGGGGAAGUUUUGUUCUUGUGUUCUUUGCUAGGCUGCUCAGUUCGCAGUAAAAUAAAAGCAGUGAUGAACACUUGAAUAAUGAACAAUUUCUUGUUGCAAGUCAGAUAUUAAGAUUUCAAAUAUAAUUUACUACUGGAAAUGCACCUUUCAAUGCAGCUAAGUCUUCUCUUUUAACAGUUUUGUAACUGUUUCACCCCUUUAAAGCAUGUCUCCAUGUCAAAGCCCCAUCUCUCCCCUUUCAGAACCCCCCCCCUUGUGAUACCAAGUUGAAUUCCCAACUUUUGUUUGCUGUUUCUGUGUGUGGGUUUUGUAUUGGAUGAUGUACAGUAUAUCGCAGAUUGGAUCUGCAUUAUGUUUGUCUCCCCACAUUUAGUGUUGAAUUGUUUUUAUGAAGAAAAGAUUUUCUUAUGCUGCAUAUGAUUCUUUCUUCUCUUCCCAAAUAUCUUCAUGCAGCAUGUUGGAAAAUGCCUUAAAUGAUUCUUGAUCACAAUAAAUACAGAACUGAAAA